AUGGAUAAUCAAAUAUCAACUUAUGCUCCUGAAUCAAUUGCUUCAAAUAUAUUAUUAGAUUCAUUUUCAACAAAACCACAAAAUACAUUACAUACACUUAUUGAUACAUUCAAUCCAGAAUUAAAAAAUAAAUUUUUAGAUAAAGAAAAUAAAUUUCAAGAUACAGAAAAUAAAUUUCAAGAUAAAGAAAAUAAAUUUUUAGAUACAGAAAGUAAAUUUCAAGAUACAGAAAAUAAAUUUUUAGAUACAGAAAAUAAAUUUCAAGAUACAGAAAAUAAAUUUCAAGAUACAGAAAAUAAAUUUUUAGAUACAGAAAAUAAAUUUCAAGAUACAGAAAAGAAAUUUUUAGAUACAGAAAAUAAAUUUCAAGAUAAAGAAAAUAAAUUUUUAGGUACAGAAAGUAAAUUUCAAGAUACAGAAAAUAAAUUUUUAGAUACAGAAAAUAAAUUUCAAGAUACAGAAAAUAAAUUUCAAGAUACAGAAAAUAAAUUUUUAGAUACAGAAAAUAAAUUUCAAGAUACAGAAAAGAAAUUUUUAGAUACAGAAAAUAAAUUUCAAGAUAAAGAAAAUAAAUUUUUAGAUACAGAAAGUAAAUUUCAAGAUACAGAAAAUAAAUUUUUAGAUACAGAAAGUAAAUUUCAAGAUACAGAAAAUAAAUUUUUAGAUACAGAAAAUAAAUUUCAAGAUACAGAAAAUAAAUUUCAAGAUAACAGAAAAGAAAGUAAAUUUCAAGAUACAGAAAAUAAAUUUUUAGAUACAGAAAAUAAAUUUCAAGAUACAGAAAAUAAAUUUUUAGAUACAGAAAAUAAAUUUCAAGAUACAGAAAAGAAAUUUUUAGAUACAGAAAAUAAAUUUCAAGAUAAAGAAAAUAAAUUUUUAGAUACAGAAAGUAAAUUUCAAGAUACAGAAAAUAAAUUUUUAGAUACAGAAAGUAAAUUUCAAGAUACAGAAAAUAAAUUUUUAGAUACAGAAAAUAAAUUUCAAGAUAAAGAAAAUAAAUUUUUAGAUACAGAAAGUAAAUUUCAAGAUACAGAAAAUAAAUUUUUAGAUACAGAAAAUAAAUUUCAAGAUACAGAAAAUAAAUUUCAAGAUACAGAAAAUAAAUUUUUAGAUACAGAAAAUAAAUUUCAAGAUACAGAAAAUAAAUUUUUAGAUACAGAAAAUAAAUUUCAAGAUACAGAAAAUAAAUUUUUAGAUACAGAAAAUAAAUUUUUAGAUACAGAAAAUAAAUUUCAAGAUACAGAAAAUAAAUUUUUAGAUACAGAAAAUAAAUUUCAAGAUAAAGAAAAUAAAUUUUUAGGUACAGAAAGUAAAUUUCAAGAUACAGAAAAUAAAUUUUUAGAUACAGAAAAUAAAUUUCAAGAUACAGAAAAUAAAUUUCAAGAUACAGAAAAUAAAUUUCAAGAUACAGAAAAGAAAUUUUUAGAUACAGAAAAGAAAUUUCAAGAUAAAGAAAAGAAAUAUCUCUAUGCUAAAAAGAGAUCUUUAAAUAAAGAAAAGAAAGCUCUCUAUAUUAAAAAUAAAUCUUUAGAUACAGAAAAAAAUUCUCAAUAUCACAAUCUAUUAACAAAUACAAUGCUUAGUGAAGAGCUUCCAAAAUUAUCUGAAACCAAUACAAUACCAAUUCUUGGAGAUGAUAGUCCAGGUUCUAAUGUAAAAACUGCAAUUGAUUCUCCUUAUAAUGCUCAACCGCCAACUAGUAUUCAAAGUGAUAAUAUAUCAACUACAAGUAAUAUUUCACAAAAUACAGAACCAGUACCCGAAAACACUGAUGAACUACUUAAGGAUGAAGGGUUUGUUAAUUUUUUAAACACAAUAACUUUAUUAGCCAAAUUACAAGAUGAAAAUGCGAAAGCAGAACAAUUAAAUGAUGUUAAUAAUGAAGCAGCACAAGCGGAACAAGUAAAACCUCCAAAUCCUCUUAAAUUAUUUCUUUCACAAUAUGAUAUCAGCCCACAUGGUAGAUGGAUAUCCCCUUUAUAUAAAUUUCAAUUCUUUCUUACAUAUGUCAAUGAAGUUGGAAGAAUAUUUCACGGAAAAGGUUUAAUAACAUUAUUUAGUGUUAUUUUCAUUGUUGCUUUAUAUUGUGCUAAUAAAUACUUCAAUUUAUUCUCUAUAAAGGAUAUAUUUAAAAAAAACAAAAAAAGAAAAGAAAAAAAAAAAAAAAAAGAAAAAGAAGAAAAAGAAGAAAAGAAAGAAAAGAAGAUAGCAAGUAAACAUAACAAAAAGGCCAACUUGGCAAAUAAGACCGAAAAGAAAUUUAAAAAAAAAUGA